CACGAGGUCAAUCAGCCUUAAGGAGGACGACUCCUGCAAGUUUCUUCCAUGUAUGCUGAAUCCAUUGUAAACCGAUGGUUGCGUAGGAUACUAUUCUGGCACCCAUGAUGCAUGAAUGCACCAACAGAAGCAUUCAUGAAAGAACUUGAUCCGACAUGGAAUAUCAAACCUACCUUGAUAGAAGCAGGUUAUUACCAGACUGAUGCUAUGAAGCUGACAAUUUUCAAGGUUCACGCACAUCUAAUCCGGCUGUCGAAAGAGUGGCUAUUCGUCAAGCGUUUGUCAACUUCGACCCGGAGAACACCCUUUUUAUCAGACGUGACCCUGAUAAGAAAGUAGUAAAUAUGGAAGAUCCUCCACUGUGGCUUUCGCUAGCAAAGGAUGCUUAUGUUAGGGCUGGGGCAAAAAUCGCAAGGUACUUGGCUGAUAUAGAUAAAUAUGAGUCGCUGUCG